GCAGAGUGUGUUCUUAAAGGGCCAGCUCCCGUUCCGCGCCGCGCCGGCGGGGGGGGGGGGGUGCGGGGGGAGCGGGGAGGCGAAGGCCGGGAAGGCCGCGGAGAGCCCCCCAAUCCCGCGCCGAGGCGGCGGCGGCGGCGGCGGCGCGACGAUGAGGAUGAUGAAUACAUGGCAAAGUUUUUUUGGCCCCGGCGAGGGGUGUCAGAUUGAGUGCUCUGUGCGCAUGUGCGAAGGUGUCCAAACUGACAAUGCUGGGGAGAUGAAGAUAGUGUGUAGCUGCUUCUGGGCUCGAGGAGGAGGAGAGAGAUUCCGCGAGCCGACACCAUGCGAUCCAAGGCGAGGGCGAGGAAGCUAGCCAAAAGUGACGGUGACAUUGUAAAUAAUAUGUAUGAGCCCGACCCGGACCUGCUGGCCGGCCAGAGUGCCGAAGAAGAGACAGAAGACAGCAUCCUGUCCCCCAUCCCCAUGGGACCACCGUCCCCCUUCCCCACCAGCGAGGACUUCACUCCCAAGGAGGGCUCGCCCUACGAGGCUCCGGUCUACAUUCCCGAAGACAUUCCCAUCCCACCCGACUUCGAGCUGAGAGAGUCCUCCAUCCCUGGAGCCGGCCUGGGGAUCUGGGCCAAGAGGAAGAUGGAAGUCGGGGAGCGGUUUGGGCCCUGCAUGGUGGCGCCCCGGGCCGCGCUGAAGGAGGCGGACUUUGCAUGGGAGAUGCUGGCUGACACAGAGGUCUCGUCCCAGGAGGGCUGCAUCAAAAAGAUGUCUGAAGACCUGGGCAGUGAGAAGUUCUGUGUGGACACUCACCAGGCAGGGACCGGCAGUUGGCUCAAGUACAUCCGUGUGGCAUGUUCCUGUAAUGACCAGAACCUCACCAUGUGUCAGGUCAACGAGCAGAUUUAUUAUAAAGUCACUAAGGACAUCGAGCCCGGAGAGGAGCUGUUGGUCCACAUAAAGGAGGGGGCCUACUCUCUGGGUGCAGUGCCACCCAGCCUGGAUGAGGAGCCCACGUUCCGCUGCGAGGAGUGUGAUGAGCUCUUCCAGUGCAAGCUAGACCUGCGGCGCCACAAGAAGUACGCAUGCGGGGCAGCGGGGGCCGCGCUCUACGAGGGCUUGGGGGAGGAGCUCAAGCCGGAUGGCCUCGGCGCGGGCGGCGGCGGCGGCGACGGACAAGUGCAUGAAUGCAAGGACUGCGAGCGGAUGUUCCCCAACAAGUACAGCUUGGAGCAGCACAUGAUUGUCCACACAGAAGAGCGAGAGUACAAGUGUGACCAGUGUCCCAAGGCCUUCAACUGGAAGUCCAACCUCAUCCGCCACCAGAUGUCCCACGACAGCGGCAAGCGCUUUGAAUGUGAAAACUGCGUGAAGGUGUUCACGGACCCCAGCAACCUGCAGCGGCACAUCCGCUCCCAGCACGUGGGCGCCCGGGCGCACGCCUGCCCCGACUGCGGCAAGACCUUCGCCACGUCCUCGGGCCUCAAGCAGCACAAGCACAUCCACAGCACGGUGAAGCCUUUCAUAUGUGAGGUCUGCCACAAGUCCUACACGCAGUUCUCCAACCUGUGCCGGCACAAGCGGAUGCACGCCGACUGCCGCACGCAGAUCAAGUGCAAGGACUGCGGGCAGAUGUUCAGCACUACCUCCUCCCUCAACAAGCACCGGCGCUUCUGCGAGGGUAAAAACCAUUACACGCCGGGGGGCAUCUUCGCCCCGGGCCUGCCCCUGACACCCAGCCCGGUGAUGGACAAGGCAAAGCCCUCCCCCAAUCUCAACCACGGGGGCCUGGGCUUCACCGAGUUCUUCCCGUCCAGGCCGCACCCGGGGAGCCUGCCCUUCUCGGCGGCCCCUCCGGCCUUCCCCACGCUCACCCCCGGCUUCCCGGGCAUCUUCCCGCCGUCCUUGUACCCCCGGCCGCCUCUGCUACCUCCCACGCCGCUGCUCAAGAGCCCCCUGAGCCACACCCAGGACGCCAAGCUCCCCAGCCCCCUGGGGAACCCGGUGCUGCCCCUCGUCUCGGCCGUCAACAACGGCAGCCAGGGCCUGGCGGCCACCGCGGGCUCAGAGGAGAAGUUUGAGGGCCGCCUGGAGGACGGGUACGUGGAGAAGGCGAAGGCCAGGAGCCCGGACAUGUCCGACGGCAGCGACUUCGAGGACAUCAACACCACGACGGGAACCGACCUAGACACCACCACCGGCACCGGCUCCGACCUGGACAGCGACGCCGACAGUGACCGCGACAAGGUCAAAGACAAGGGCAAGCCGGCCCAGGGCAAGGCUGAGUUUGGGGGCGGCUCGGCGCCCCCGGGGGCCGUGAACAGCGUGGCAGAGGUGCCCGUCUUCUACUCCCAGCACUCUUUCUUCCCCCCGCCCGAGGAGCAGCUGCUGACCGCCUCGGGCGCCGCGGGCGACUCCAUCAAAGCCAUCGCAUCCAUCGCCGAGAAGUACUUCGGGCCCGGCUUCAUGGGCAUGCAGGAGAAGAAGAUGGGCUCGCUGCCCUACCACUCUGUGUUCCCCUUCCAGUUCCUGCCCAACUUCCCCCACUCCCUGUACCCCUUCACGGACCGAGCCCUCACCCACAGCCUGCUGGUCAAGGCCGAGCCAAAGUCGCCCCGGGACGCCCUCAAGUUGGGCGGCCCCAGCACCGAGUGCCCUUUCGACCUCACCACCAAACCAAAAGAGGCGAAGCCCGUCCUGCCAGGGCCCAAGGCGCCCUCCGUGCCCACGUCCGGGGAGGAGCAGCCGCUGGACCUGAGCAUCGGCAGCCGGGCGCGGGCCAGCCUGAACGGAGGCAGCCGGGAGCCCCGGAAGAACCACAUCUACGGCGAGCGGAAGCUGGGGCCCGGCGAGGGGCUCCCCAAGGUGUGCCCGGCACAGCUGCCCCAGCAGCCCUCCCUGCACUACGCCAAGCCCUCGCCCUUCUUCAUGGACCCCAUCUACAGGGUAGAAAAGCGGAAGGUGGCGGACCCCAUGGGAGUGCUCAAGGAGAAGUACCUGCGGCCCUCGCCGCUUCUUUUCCACCCGCAGAUGUCAGCCAUCGAAACCAUGACGGAAAAGCUCGAGAGCUUCGCCGCCAUGAAAGCCGACUCGGGCAGCUCCCUGCAGCCCCUGCCCCACCACGCCUUCAACUUCCGGUCCCCACCCCCGACGCUCUCAGACCCCAUCCUCAGGAAGGGCAAGGAGCGGUACACGUGCAGGUACUGUGGCAAGAUCUUCCCCCGAUCAGCAAAUCUCACAAGGCACCUGCGGACGCACACCGGGGAGCAGCCAUACAGGUGCAAGUACUGCGACCGCUCCUUCAGCAUCUCCUCCAACCUGCAGCGGCACGUGCGCAACAUUCACAACAAGGAGAAGCCCUUCAAGUGCCACCUGUGCAACCGCUGCUUCGGCCAGCAGACCAACCUGGACAGACACCUGAAGAAGCAUGAGCACGAGGGCACGCCAGUGAGCCAGCACGCGGGCGUCCUCACGAACCACCUGGGCACCAGCGCCUCGUCCCCCACCUCUGAGUCCGACAACCACGCACUUUUAGACGAGAAGGAAGACUCUUAUUUCUCUGAGAUCAGGAACUUUAUCGCCAACAGUGAGAUGAGCCAGGCCUCGACGCGUACGGACAAAAGGCCCGAGGCCCAGGAUCUAGAUGACAACCCGCAGUGUCCAGGCUUGGCCAGCGAGAAGCCAGAGGAUGUGGAAGAGGAGGAAGAGGAGGAGCUGGAGGAAGAGGAUGAUGACAGUCUGGCCGGGAAGUCGCAGGACGACAUGGUGUCCCCCACCCCCGAGCCCCAGGGAGUCUACGAGGAUGAGGAGGAUGAAGAGCCGCCCGCCUCCCUGGCCCUGGGCUUCCAGCACACCCGAAGGUGUGUUGAGGAGCGAGGAGGCAGUCUGUUAGCUUUGGAGCCGACGGCGACCUUUGGGAAGGGGCUGGACCUCCGCAGAGCAGCUGAGGAAGCAUUUGAAGUUAAAGAUGUGCUUAAUUCCACCUUAGAUUCUGAGACUUUAAAACAGACCCUGUACAGGCAGGCUAAGAACCAGGCAUAUGCAAUGAUGCUGUCCCUCUCUGAAGACGCGCCUCCCCACGUCCCCGCCCAGAGCUCGCUGGACACUUGGUUGAACAUCCCAGGAGCCACGUCGGAGUCCGGGGCCUUCAGCUCCAUCAAUCACCUCUGAGAGGCCUGGAGGCCCCGGGGCCAGAGUUGGAAGCCAGGGCAGCAGCUUUUGGGGGAAUGGAGGCGACGCCAGGGAGAGCCUCUGACACCUGUGUUCGGUCACUCAGCACCCAGCCCCUCUGUAGUUCAAGUCUCACUUUCCGAUGAAAAACUCACACCUGAAAGUCCCAGGAGCGGUCAUCGGUCUUGGCCAACUGUCAGACCUGGUCUUGAGGACACUGUUCUGCACCGGUCCAGCACACGCUGUCCGCCUGCCACCGUAGGAGCUGCCCGAGGCCACCACGGGCUCUCCAGCCUGGUGGACCCUGCCCACCGCUCGCGGGCACCUGCGUGGCAUCAAGGAGGGAAAUGCAAAGACACAGGUAUGCGCCAAGGAGAGAGAUCGCGCCGACAAUUUUUAUAAUGAAAAUUACGAGAGUAACCCUUUUGGUUAACCCUUAAUGACUUACAGAGUCUAUUUAAGCAUGUGGGUUUUAAAAAUAGUAUUUUUUAAAAAUCAAAAAAGAGAGAGAGAGAGAGACUUGCAAAAAUUGUUUUUUAAAAGUAAUUUUGCAUUGCUUUGAGAUUUCAGCUUCUUUGCGAACCCACGCCUGCCUGGCACCUGGCCCCGUGCUUGGGUGCGUCCUUUAUACUGUAGAAACUGGAGAGUUUUCUCUCUCUGACCCUAUUUGUACCAGCCAAGGUGACCGCAGAGCUCCCAAGACAGGCUGAGGGGCACAGACCACUCUUUUGAGUGCCACGCGGACUCUGUGGGGGUUGGGGGUGGAGUUCUGAGUGGGCCUGGCUUCAGGCUGGCUCAAGGCUGGACUGUCAGGCUUCUGUCCACUCGUGUGGCCUACAGAGGAUUCCACAGCCUCCCGCUCCCGCCCUGAACCCCGCCCAAGCACCCCCAAUUGUAUGAGAAGUCAGGAGCCUGUGGCUCGGGUCCUCCAAGCACCUGGUGGUCCCCCUCCGCUCGGUCCACGUCUCUGCUGUUCCCACGCUGGCUCCAGCUGCUGUUCUUCUGAAGACAGGGCCUCUGGGCCUCGAGACUCACACCACCCCGAACCCCCCCCUUCCCCCCGGAUGCUCAGUGUCCUUCCCGUGACCUCUGCAUACCGGCCACACUUCAGGACGCCAAGCGCUACCUGUGCCUAAGACUCCGGAUCCACCACCCAGCUGCCGCUUGGGCUCUUCGUUCCUGGAGAGAUGAACCCAGGAAACCCACUUCAAGGAGCGCAGGCCGCAGCCUGGGCCCGCCCAGGGCCCAGAUGCCUCACUCUCUCGGGUGGUAUCCGCUUUUCCAUUUGAAUGGGCUUUAAAUUAUUCCCAUAGGGGCCAAUUUCAGAUAAUAUUUUUCCCUAAUGGAAUUUACCUUAAUCUGUAUAUAACUUGUAAUUUUUUUUCUAAUUCGUUUCUUUUCUUAUUUUAUUUCUUCCUUAACAGUAUUUUUGGCAUUAGACAUCUUAUUGUGAAGAAAUAAUGUUAAUAUAAGUAUCUGGUGAAGGACCAAAACCAUGUGAUAAGGUUGUGUGUUGUUUGACCGGUAACCAAGGAGUGGGGAGGCUUUGAAAUGUGCCAAAAACCCUUGCAUCCCCCCAACAAACCCUGCUACAGUGCUGCCCUCUUACCAGACAAUCAUUUGUUUUUGUUAAAUCUGAGUUUCAUUUGCAUUUAAGACAAGUGUUCUAUUUAUUUCUUUUAUUGUUUGGAAGAAAAAAACAACUAGCAAGUGUCCCAAGGAGAAAAGAAAUUGCCUGAGUUGCCCUUAAAAACAAACAAACGAAAGCCGCGCUGGGUUGUUGUCCCCACAGACAUCUCCUCCCCCAUUUUCCCCAGAAGCAACAGGAAGUGUCCGAGUAGGCGUGUCCCACACACGGCCUGGCCACUUCCGGCGAGAGCCAGCGGUCUCUGGCAGUGUCCGGCAGUCCUGGCUUGCACUGGGGACUGGCCAGGAGGGAAGUCCCUGCACACACCACAAACCCACAGAUCACAGAGAAAUCCCAAAGCUGGGGCAAGACAAAGGUUCCCCCCCGCACCCCCCACCCUCCCUGCUGGUGCUGAAGCCGUGCCCCCCAGGAGCACAGACCGGAAGGAUGCUCACGGCAGAGCAGAGGAAGCACUGUGCAGAAGAGCUGGUGCUGGCCCCCUUGUCAGAUUUUGCAAACCCAACCAUUCACCUUGCUCUGCCAAGCCCGGGCAGCCCCUCAGCCGCACAGGCAGGCCAGAUCCACGCACAGAAUUUUUCCUUCCUCCUGAUCUACGCGGGAUCCUUGUACAACGUCAACCUCAGAUGCAAAUGCCCGUUUCUGUAAACCCCAAUUAUACACUUUCUGCUGCGAACAAG